AUGAACGGAAUACUAGGCACCGCGCCUCCUGGCACACUAUACGUCCGAGCCCUAUACGAUUAUGAAGCAGAUGAUCGAACAAGUCUGAGUUUUCAUGAAGGAGAUGUCAUCCAGGUCAUCACGCAGUUGGAGAGUGGAUGGUGGGACGGUGUGAUCAAUGGGGUCCGCGGCUGGUUUCCAAGUAACUAUUGUCAGAUCAUCACGAACCCUGAGGAAAUUCCCGAGAUGCAAAAUAUCGAUGGAGACAAUGGUGACGACGAGCUGGAAGAUCAAGUAGUAUACGAAGAGGAGUUUGGAGAUGGAGAUCAGUCAGACCAAGAUGAUUUCAACGGACUACCCCUCGAGGGCACGAGGACCUCUAGAAGAUCUGGCGCCGACUUCUGGAUACCACAGGCUACGCCGGAUGGUAGGCUAUUCUACUAUAACACCAUGACCGGGGAGAGUAGCACGGAACUCCCGCUCGAAUCUCCCACUUCAUUCAACGAAAACGGACCCCGAGAUCGGAUAAAUGUGAACAUGGUAGAGAAGACGAGGGUACCUCCGGAAAUGAUGGCAAGAGGCUUAAUGCAAGAUGAAGAUGAGGACUCGGAGGCAACAUCAGCAUCGGAGCUCGACGGCGAAUUACUCAUGAAAAGCUCGAUGGGGUCCUUACCACCACGACGUCGUGCCUUCGGUAGCGAUAGCGUCGGGGUCUCUCCUUCACCAUCCAUGGAUUCUAUCAAUGGUUCGCAAGGAACACGAUCACGAGCUGACACUUAUAUCAACACUCAUCUCGCAAUGUCUGCAAGUGCUAGCCAAUUACCAACAUUGGCAUCCGCCACCUCUUUUACAGGUACCAGUUUUAAUCUUCCACAAGCGGCGCAAAUCCCCCGCUCUUUUUUCGACGAUGGUGCUACACAGCCUUUAUCAUGGAAUCUUCUUGUGGCGAAUAUGAAGCGUGCUAUCGACCGCUACCGAGAUGCGAUCACGACAAAUAACCGAUCGGAAUACGUUGCGCGCGCAGAGGAUAUUUCCGAUCAUUUGCGAUUGCUCCUAGCUGCUGGUUCGGGUACGACCGAUAACCACUCUGGGCAGCCUUCCAUCAUCUCCACAAACAAGGCGCUUUAUCCCCAUUUCCGAGACAUGAUGUCAAAGUUUUCCAAGCUUGUUAUUUCGUCCCAUAUAGCCGCUGCCGACUGGCCCAACGCCGAGUCUGUCCAAAAAUGUAUGCAAGAAGCCGACGGUGUACUCGGAGGCGUUUUCAGUUUUGUCGAGGUCGCUAGACAACAAAGAGGCGAGGAAAUCCCACGAUUAUUCCCUGGCUUCGUGAUAGGCAGUGCAGCCGGAGGAAGCUGGCAGAACAACGGACUUGGGCCUCGCGAUCCCAUUACAUCAAAUUUCUUGGAGGAUGAUGAAGGGUUCGCUGAGCCUAGCGCAAUCCUUGACGGCAAACUUCUCGAGCGACUUGACGAGUAUAAGAGGAUGCUAGUUUCUAGCAUUAGGGAACUGGAAAAGAACCUGGGCGUAUCUGAUAAAAUUGUGUCUCCCUAUAAACACGAGCUCAUUGGCAACAAUGUCUGCAUUGCCGGAGGAAGAGUUUUAGAAAUGUUCAAGCCGUGGAUUGCGAUGAUCGAGUCCAUCGACCUCUCCUCUCUAGGGAAUACCUUCCAAACUCCUCAACUUGCCGACUUCAGCACCAACAAGCAAAGUCUUUAUGACAACGUAUCCGACCUGGUUCUAGGAUGUCAAGCUGUUGCGGGUCCUCUUGGUGACGAGUGGGCUGAGGUGCGUGGAGAGUCGUUGGAAGGCAGGUUAGAGUAUGUCAGGCAAUGCGCGAGAGCUUUGGAACAAAACUCCUCCCAUAUCGGCUUUUCUCUCCAACUUCUCUCUGAACAAGUACAAAUCAACAUGCAGCAGCAACUUGAGGCUCGCAUGCGGGAAGAUAACAUACCGAGGGAACAACCCCGAAGAGAUACAAUGCCCUCUUUUGACUCGAUACAUACACGCUCGGGAUCUCGCGGUAAUUUAUUAGAUGUUAGGCCUCCUCUCAUGGGCUCCGCAUCUUAUACCGAGGGUGAAGCUGCACCAAAUAUUCAUAGAAAAGCUGGUGAUCCUUCCAAGCUCAAGCGAAUUUUGGGAGAGACCUCCAUCCCUCAAGGUGCCGUCCAACAAACCGAAGAAACACCGGCCUUCUUACGACUUGAUCUCGAAAAUGAUCUAUCCUGGGAUCUCAAGACAUCACCACCUGCAGUCAAGGGUGGUUCAUUACUAGCCCUGGUUGAGCAAUUAACAAGACACGAUAAGGCGGACUCAAGCUUUAACAACACAUUCCUUCUAACAUAUCGAUCCUUCACUACAGCACGGGAAUUAUUCGAGCUUUUAGUACAACGCUUCAGUAUUCAACCGCCGGAGGGGCUGAGCACUAUUGACUACGAUGUCUGGAGGGAUCGAAAGCAGAAAUUGAUUCGAUUCCGUGUGGUAAAUAUUAUCAAGAGUUGGUUCGAGAACUUCUGGAUGGAGGAGCCGAACGACGAGACAAGGCAGCUCAUACGCGAUGUAUACGCAUUCGCAAGAGACACUGUCAAAUCUACUGAAACUCCCGGCGCCAACAAUCUUAUGGCUGUAUUAGACCAGCGAUUGAGCGGCAAAGAGAUCUCAUCUAAGCGCUUAAUUCAAACAUUUGCGAACAACGUACCGCCGCCGAUCAUGCCGAAGAAUAUGAAGAAACUUAAGUUCCUUGACAUCGAUGUUACUGAAUUCGCGCGACAAUUGACAAUCAUUGAGUCGAGGCUGUAUGGUAAGAUCAAGCCAACAGAAUGUCUCAACAAGACCUGGCAGAAGAAGGUUGGCGAAAAUGAGCCAGAACCAGCACCUAAUGUCAAGGCACUUAUUCUACAUUCUAAUCAAAUGACAAAUUGGGUUGCGGAGAUGAUUCUAGCCCAAAUGGAUGUGAAGAAGCGAGUGAUUGUCAUCAAACACUUCGUUUCAGUCGCUGAUAAAUGCCGGAGUCUCAAUAACUUCUCUACUUUAACAUCAAUCAUAUCCGCCCUUGGAACUGCCCCUAUUGCUCGUUUGAAGCGAACAUGGGAUCAAGUUCCAGCUCGAACUCAAGCCGUCUUGGAGACGAUGCGACGCUUAAUGGCAAGCACGAAAAAUUUCGGAGAGUACAGAGAGGCUCUGCAUGCUGCUAACCCCCCAUGCAUUCCUUUCUUUGGUGUCUAUCUUACCGAUCUUACUUUCAUUGAGGACGGUAUUCCCUCAAUUAUCAAGAAGACCAAUUUGAUCAACUUCGCCAAACGUGCAAAAACUGCCGAAGUCAUCCGUGAUAUUCAACUAUACCAAAACUCACCGUACUCGCUUCAACCCGUGCUGGAGUUACACGAUUAUAUCCUCAGCAAUAUGCAAGCUGCCGGAGAUGUGCACGAGAUGUACGAUAAAAGUUUGAUAGUAGAGCCUCGUGAGCGUGAAGACGAGAAGAUCGUAAGAGUCCUGGCCGAGUCUGGUUUCCUAUGA